UAUUUAUAACAAUUUCUUAAGGACUGAAGUGAAAUAUAUCCAAUCACAGGGGGCGAGAAACCUCAAAAUUUCGAUUAAACCAACAAAAACUUCCCUGGUAAGAAUAACACCGCUGACCGGGAAAUUUUAGAGAAAAGCACUGUAGAGAAAGCUAAACAAUGUUCAUUUUGCGCUUCAAGAACAAGCAAUAACUUGUUAAACCCACUUUCAUUUCUAUAGUUACCACGAUUUUCCCUAUCUUGUAGUGAUCAGAUCAUAUAUUCUUGAGUUUGUGCUUUAAGUGAAUCUAAAUCUACCCCAGUUGUAGAAAUGUCGAAAUCAUCAACUUCAAAAUUUGUUCUGAAUAACCUUUAUCACUAUAUUUCAUCAAAACCCCCUCAUUUUUCAAACCCAAAUGGUAUAUCUCAUUUCCUUUCUAAUCAUUCCAAGAUUAUCGAAAAGCCCUUUGUUAAUCCGUGGGUUUCAAAUUCCCUUUUCUCAUCUUCACCGUUUUCACGGGUUUCGCAAAACCCUAGCAAGAAUUUAGACCCACUAUUAGGGUUUAGGUACUUUUCAUUGAAAAAAAUGAGUAGUGGGGGUUUUGGGAAAAAUGUGUUGAAGAAACCUGUUAUAGCUGCAAAGGACACGGUAUCGCGGUAUAGGGGUGCUGUAGGUUUGCAAAUUGAGGCAUUUUGGAAGAGCAAUUCUUUGGUGUUGUUUGGUGCAGCAGGUAUUAUGGUGUGCAUUUUGCUAUGGAGGGUUUUGUUUGGAAUUGCUACUACUUUUAUUGGAUUGUCUGAAGGCAUGGCUAAGUAUGGGUUUCUUGCUCUUUCAUCCGCCAUUGUCGCGUUUGCUGGCUUGUAUCUUCGCUCAAGAUUUACCAUCAACCCUGAUAAGGUGUACAGAAUGGCAAUGAGAAAACUUAAUACAGAAGCUGGAAUUCUUGAGGUUAUGGGUGCUCCACUCUCUGGAACAGACUUGAGAGCAUAUGUCAUGUCAGGAGGUGGUAUUAUCCUUAAGAACUUCAAGCCACGGUUUAGGGGCAAAAGAUGCUUUCUGAUUUUUCCAAUACGAGGUUCUGAGCGGAAAGGUUUAGUAAGUGUCGAAGUCAAGAAUAAGCAAGGCCAGUAUGAUAUGAAAUUAUUGGCAGUAGAUAUACCGAUGGCCUCCGGACCUGACCAACGUCUAUUCCUGAUUGGUGAUGAAGAAGAGUACAGGAUUGGUGGUGGUCUUAUUGCUGAGCUAAGAGAUCCUGUUGUUAAAGCAAUGGCAGCAACUAAGGAGUUUGAAGAUCGCGAUGAUUUGGAGGAUAAAGAGGAUGCUGAAAGAGAACUUCAAGAAGCCGAGAGAAAGCACCAGGAAGAAAUUGAAAAGCUUGAAAAAGGUGAUUCGAGAUGAUUAAGCUGAAGUAUUUUUUUUUUUUUGUAUCCAUUACCUCUUUGGUUUACGGUGGAGUUGUUUACUAAGGCAGUGUACUGAUUGAGCAUUCAAAGACUAACAAUGCUCUAACUGUUGAGUUUGCAAGUUCCCCUUACCUCUCGGUGAAUUAACAAACUCUUUGGCAUGCACAGGCGGGAAAAUUAGAUCAUACACGCAGAAUUUUCUGUAAUGGUUCGUUGUUGACCAAUAAGUAUGUUAUUGGAGGUACCAAUCCAAAAUGUAAUCGUUGUUUUAUUUCAAUUUUCAACCUUGUGGGCC